GGUUACAUUGAUCUUUCCAAGCGUCGAGUUUCUCCCGAAGAUGUUGUCAAGUGCGAGGAAAGAUACAACAAGAGCAAGGCAGUCCACUCCAUCAUGCGCCACGUUGCCGAGGCCACUCAGACUCCUCUUGAGACCCUAUACCAGCAGAUCGGAUGGCCUUUGAACCGCAAAUACGGACACUCCCACGAUGCGUUCAAGAUCUCCAUCACGAACCCCGACGUGUGGAACGAGGUUGAAUUCCCUAGCGAGUCCGUGAAGAAGGAGUUGACGCACUACAUCAGCAAGAGACUUACUCCUCACCCGACCAAGGUCCGUGCCGAUAUUGAGGUUACCUGCUUCGGUUACGACGGUAUCGAUGCCGUCAAGGAUGCCCUGCGCACCGCCGAGGCCAACAACACCCCUGAAACCCAGAUCAAGGUUAAGCUGGUUGCCCCGCCACUCUACGUCUUGACCAGCCAGUGCUUGGACAAGGCUAUUGGUAUUCAGAUGCUCGAGGAGGCCAUUCAAAGGAUCGAGGCCAGGAUCAAGGAGUCUGGCGGUGGCUGCAUCGUUAAGAUGGCUCCCAAGGCUGUUACUGAGCACGAUGAUGCUGCUCUUCAGGAGCUCAUGGAGAAGCGUGAGCGUGAGAACAUGGAAGUCAGCGGCGACGAGAGCAUGUCCGAGAGCGAUGAGGGCGUUCCCGAGUAA